AUGACCUCCCCCGACUUUGCAGCGGCUCAGGCGCGAGUACUCGCACGUCGCGCAGCUGCCGCUCGUCCAGUCGCACCGCCUUCCCCACCAAGCCUGCCACCUGCCCUGCUGAAACUCCCUCCUGGGCUACGCUCGCUCGCUUCGACUGGCCUCACCACCUGGUCCACGCUUAGAAACAACGCUCCUCACGCGCCUACACCAUACUUCCGCGUCGGUCAGGUCGAUGCAGAGUUGCUCGACGAGGAACUCCUACAACUACUGCGUAGUCAAGUUGGUGAUGCGCUGAAAUACUUUGGUGGUCACAUUGCAGAUGACUGGUCGACUGAGGUCGGUGCCAUCCUCCGGACCAUACUAUGGAAGCUCAGUAUUUGGAAUCGCGGUACAAGCUAUGGUGCAAGUUUGCAAGGCCUCAAGUACGUCGACGCAAGGACACAAUCUUCGAGCAUCCACGCUGGUGCCGGUCAAGAUCCUACAAGAUGGCAGAAGGCUGCAUACGGUCUCAUCACAGUCGGAGGUCGCUACUCCUGGCAGAAGCUAGAAGAUUGGCUCCUCGAAAGAGAAGGUGGCUACGAUGAGCCCUCGCCGCUUGUCAAAAGGCUGAGCAAGCUCACUGGAUGGAUUGGCAUGACACAUGAAAUGGCAGCUCUGGCAUCCUUUCUGGUCUUUUUGUUCAAUGGCAAAUACAGGACACUCGCAGAUCGACUGCUAAGACUACGACUCGCCCCAGCCUCUGCGCGGACAAGUAGGGAAGUCAGCUUUGAGUACUUGAACCGCCAAUUGGUUUGGCAUGCUUUCACCGAGUUCCUAUUGUUCCUGCUUCCCCUCGUAGGUAUUGGCCGGUGGAGACGCAUAUUAUCAAGAGCAUGGAGGAAAACAAAAUCAAUGUUUACUCAAAAGACCGACGAGGAAGAUGCUACAGCAGGAGGCGAGCUUGGCUUCCUGCCAGAACGCACAUGUGCCAUAUGCUAUCGCGAUCAGAAUGUUGUCGGCCGUGGUUCAGAAGCAGAAGUACUCGCACAAUCAGGCAACAUUGGUGGAGGUGUCAUUGGCAGUGCCCAAACUGAUGUCACCAAUCCAUAUGAAGCAACGCCUUGCGGAUGCGUAUACUGCUUUGUUUGUCUAGCUCAACGUAUUGAGGCUGAAGAAGGUGAAGGUUGGACGUGUCUGCGUUGUGGAGAAGUCGUCAAGGAGUGCAAACCUUGGAACGGGGAUGUUUUAGAAGACGUCAAAGAAGAGACGACGAGCAUGCCGACGGAUAGUCAGCCAAAGCCUCCGAGGAGGAAAAGUGUUGGCUUCGUCGAUGACGAGAGGGAGCAUGAAGCCACAAUCGAGGAUAUCGAUCCGAUGCCUAUCGAUGACCGCGACGAGCAAGUGCAAGAUGAGGAUGACACGAGGACAAUUGAUUCAGUCUCAUGGGUUGACGGCGAGUCCGAGAUGGACUUUGGAGACGAAGCGGUUUAUGACUGA